GGUGCGCGGCCCCCAGAGCGCUGGCGCUGCGCUGCGCGGCGGUCGGGCCCCGAGGCUGCGCCUGAUCCCGCGUCCUGCGCCCUGCGCCCUGCGCCCCGCGCCCGGUCUGUCCCCACGGCCCGGGAUGGAGUCCCGGCAGCGGCGGCGGCGGCGUAGUCACCGUCCCCUGGUCUCCGCCUUCCUGCGGGACCCUGGCUCGGGGCGCGUCUACCGGCGCGGGAAGCUGAUCGGCAAGGGCGCCUUCAGCCGCUGCUACAAGCUGACCGAUAUGUCCACCAACAGCGUGUUCGCUCUCAAGGUGGUGCCGCGAGGUGGGGUCGGCCCGGGACGGCUGCACCUGCGAGGGAAGGUGGAGCGGGAGAUCGCCCUGCACAGCCGCCUGCGACACCGCAACAUCGUGGCCUUCCACGGCCACUUUGCUGACCGCGACCACGUGUACAUGGUGCUGGAGUACUGCAGCCGCCAGUCGCUGGCCCACGUCCUGGAGGCGAGACACACGCUGACAGAGCCCGAGGUGCGCUACUACCUGCGUGGCCUGGUCAGCGGUCUAGACUACCUGCACCAGCGGAGGAUCGUGCACCGCGACCUGAAACUCAGUAACUUCUUCCUGAACAAGAACAUGGAAGUGAAGAUCGGGGACCUGGGGUUGGCCGCCAGGGUGGGGCCAGGGGGCCGCUGUCACAGAGUGCUCUGCGGGACCCCAAACUUCCAGGCCCCAGAGGUGGUGACCCGGAACGGACACUCAUGCCAGUCUGACAUCUGGGCUCUGGGCUGCGUCAUGUACAUGGUGCUGACUGGAGCGCCCCCCUUCAUGGCGGCCCCUCUGUCCGAGAUGUACCAGAAUAUCCGAGCUGGCCGCUACCCAGAGCCCACUCACGUGUCCCCCAAUGCCCGGCGCCUCAUUGCCCGCCUGCUGGCGCCGGACCCGGCGGCUCGACCCAGCCUGGAUUUGCUCCUGCAGGAUGAUUUCUUCACGCAGGGCUUCACCCCAGACCGGCUGCCACCCCACUCCUGCCACAGCCCCCCAAUCUUCGCUGUCCCCCCGCCUCUGGGCCGGCUCUUCCGGAAGGUGGGACAGCUGAUGUUGAGCCAGUGCGGGUCCCCCUGCCCAGGAGAAGACGGUGGGGAUCCUGAUUCCGUGGACUUGGGGGGCAAGGCCACCCUCAUGGAAACGGAGGCUUCUGUUCCCAAGUGCCCCGUCCCCCUGUUCUCCCAAGGGACCCUCAGAAGUGACCCCAGUGAGCCUGACGGGAGCUCCAGGGGGGAAGUGGAGGCAGCCAUCCGGAGCCUGAGGCUGUGCCUGGACCCCGGGCCCCCAGGAGUGGGGACCUGUCUGGUCACACAGGACCCCGCUGAAGCGCAUCAGCGCAUCCUGUGGGCGCCCAAGUGGGUGGAUUACUCCCGCAAGUACGGCUUUGGCUACCAGCUGUCGGAUGGGGGCAGCAGUUCUGUUUCGGGAUGGCACCCACAUGGCUGUGCGGCCCCCAGAGGGGAGGGGGGUGCACCCACUGGCCCUGCACCCCCUGCUGGCCCCAGCCUGUGCCUCCUACGUUUCCUCGCGUCCCCACGCGCCCUGCUGCUGCUCUUCAGUGACAACACUGUGCAGGUGAGUUUCACAGCCAAGCGGGCACACCUCCUCCUGAGCGGCAGGGGCGAAGGCCUGCGGCUGAGCGUGUGGGAGGGGGGCCAGCCCGGCCUCUCCUACCCGCUGGGGGUCCUGCAGAGCCGAGGCUGCACCCCCGCCGCCCGCCGGCGCCUUCUGCGUGCUCUGCACCUGCUACAAAGCAUCUAGCGACAGACCAAGGGUCAGAGUGGAGCACUGCAUGACGCAAGUCACCCAGGCUGGCCCCUGAGCCUCAGUUUCCCCAUCCUCAGGGACCAUGGUGGGGGCAGGAAGGGGAACCUGUGG